AUGUCACGAAAGAGAGUCUCAUUAGGACCAAAUGCACAAACGAUAUCGGGGUUGGAGUCUUCGGCACUCCAUGAGGAAUCUUUACUCCAACCAACACAUAAUCGGUCGUCAUUUCAAGCUCCACCGACGCGUCAGUCUAUAAGACGGUCAUUAGUCCCAACAAAGAAACACUUGAAUAACGAAGAAAUAAAAAAGAUGUACGCGGAGUGUUAUUUGAUGUGUGAUCAACGCAAAGUGAAUGAAAAGAAUGUGUGGACGUUGCCUUUAAUUGAUUACAUGAAUGAUUGUAUUGAAGUGGAUGCAGAAGAGAAUAAAGGGUCAGCCAAUUUUGUGAAGGCUGGACUUGCUAUCGACGCUGGUGUUCAGAUUUAUUCUGUGAGAGUCGAUGCAGUCCACAAAAAGACUUUUGCAGUGGUCGACACUAUUAAACAAGCUGAAGCCGUCGAAACACAGGACGGGGACUUGAGCAGCUUCGAUGAAACUCCCGAGAAAUUACAGUCACAAACACAACAAUCGCAAAAUCCGGAAGACCAAGGCACACAAAAGAAAACAAAGCGACGGAAAGGAGUUGUCAAUACUCUUGAAAAACACCCAAAGAGUUUGCAAAGUAAAUCCGAAAAGGUUGAAUAUCACCGCGACAGAUUGUUCCAUCAGAGAAUUAGCGCAAUGGAAGGGAAGUCAAUCAUGCAAGAUAUCACACACAAUUUCGGUGACUUUUUGUCGGGAGACUUCGCGGAAGUUGUUGACAUUGAAGACGAGGAUGUCUUCCCUGAGAAUCCAGAGAUCGAAUGGAAGGGUGUGGAUCUCUCGAAUUUGAAUAUCACUGAAAUCAAUAACGACGGGAGGUCCGCAUUGGUCCAGAGCAUCGUCGAUGAUCUGAAGACCCCUGCAGCAACACAACAACCAACACAAAAUAUUGAACUCACCCAAAAGCAGGAGGAGCAAGAAAAAAUGGCAACACAGAUUUUCGACAACCUUCCUGUCGACGAAGAAUUCAACGAAAUAGAUAACGUGAACCCCGUUGAUGACAACGGUGGAGAGAUUUUGCCUGGUAACGACGACGAUGUCAAUGUGGGCAAUCCAGAGAUCUUAGCGCCAGUAGUUGAGAAGAACGGCUUUACUUACUUCGACCCAAAUAUCUACAACAUCAAAGAAAUCCGAAGGAAGAUAAAAGCCAAAGAGCGCGAGGGUAAGUUCAUGAAGAAGACAGAAGUCAAGAAGCGUGAGAAGAAGGAAAAGGUCGAGUUUUUUGAUUUAAGAGAGCAGAAACCCGUAUCGUGGAAAUCGUUCUUCAACAAGAAGCCGACAACUACGGAACUGAAGGUGUCGGAUAAGAUCCGCCCCAUAUUUGAGGAGGUAAAUUUGUCGCUUUUCAAUGGUCUCGUUCUGGCAAAAAAGAGAAAAAUUGGAAAUGAGAAAAUGAGUGAGAAGAAGAUUGAGAACGUGAGGAAUGACAACAUUCAAGGGGUGAAUCAAAAUGGAGAAAAAAGUCAGCUUGGGUUGAGCAGACUCUCGUUAAUGGGAGCAAGGCCUUCCAUUAUGAGAUCGAUGGUCAAAGGAGACGAAGAAGAAGAGGAACGAAUGGUCAUGAGGAGUGAUGAUGAGGAAGAGAAGAGAGACAAAAAGGAGACGUUUACACAAGUUCCGAUCCCACGUAUGAUUAAUUUUGAGAAGAUCACGGCUGCGACAAAGCCAAAGAACCUUGAUUACGACGGGUGUGAAAAAUUGAUUGAAAAAAUUCUUGUGAAAGAGACGCAAGAGGGGCGUGAUGAGAUUGAGUUCCAAGAUUUACUCAACCAAAUCUAUAACGUUGCGAGUGACAAAGAAAAAGCGGACCUGAGUGUGGCGUUCAUAUUUGUUUCUGUGAACAUUAUGUGUUUCCGGAAAGGGAUGCGGCUUGUACACGAAGAUGUUGUUAAAUUGCGGAUGAAAAAUUGA